AUGGAUUCCCUCACUUCUUUUCCAUAUAGUGAUGACAAGGAAUUUCUGCUAUUUCCUGAGAAUGACACCUACAGUUUCAUCUGGAAUGGUGCUGGGAUCUACUAUGAUGACGCUCAUACCUCAGGGAUAAUUCAGAUGGUUUCCAUGGCAAUUUACAGCAUCACAUUACUCCUUGGAACCAUUGGCAAUGGCCUGGUCAUCUUCCUCACUGGUUUCCAAAUGAAAAAGACAGUAACCACCAUGUGGUACCUCAACUUGGCUCUCGCUGAUUUCAUAUUUGUCCUUUCUCUGUCUUCAGAGAUACUAUAUAUCGCACUUGGUCAAUGGACUCUUGGGCGGCUAUUCUGCAAACUUGACACUGUGGUGUCUUUCCUAAACAUGUUUGCUAGUGUCUUCUUCUUGACAGCCAUCAGCGUUGACCGCUGUGUUUCUGUAGUGUGCCCAGUUUGGUCCUUGAACCAUCGCACACUCCAGCUGGCUUCCUUAGUAGCUGUCCUUAUCUGGAUGAUGGCUUUGGGACUCAGCUCCCCCUACUUCAGCUUUCGGGACAUGGAGUAUGCUGAGGAUGGCUCUCUACAGUGCUCCUAUAGCUUUAACUUGGAAGGGGCCAGCAACCUAAAGUCCCACCGUUCUGUGGUGGUGACUGAAUUUGUAGUGGGGUUCCUCAUCCCCUUCCACAUCAUCCUGGCUUGCUACUGCAUCAUUGUCCUCAAGCUCAGAGGGAAGAUCUUUGGCUGGUUUGGCAGAUCUUUCAGAAUCAUUGUGAUGGUGGUUGCAGCAUUCUUCUGCUGCUGGUUCCCCCACCAUCUCUUCUCCAUUCUAGAAACCCUGGAAGACAAGAGCCUUGAACUGCGAACUGUUGUUGACAUCGGGGUGCCAUUGGCUAACGGCUUGAUGUGUCUCAACAGCUGUCUCAAUCCAUUCCUAUAUGCUUUCUUUGGUCCAGAUUGUAGGAAGGCCAACUGGCACUCCUUCCUGUCAGCCUUCAAAGGUGCUUUUAGUGAAAAAUGGACCAUGUCCUCCUUCUCCAGUAAUAGGAAUUCAGGUUCUACUUCAGGAAUAGUGGAAUCCAGCAUGGUGUGA